AUGACUCCAGAGUCUUUAAGAGGUGGUGAAAAUGAGAAUGAAAUUGAUCAAUCAACCGACCUUAAUCUACUACACUUACCAGUGACCGAUGGUUCCUUAGAACUGGCUAAACAUUUUGGUAAACAUACCAAUCUUGAAGAUGUUGAGAGAGAGGCAGAGCUCAUCCAUUGGAGCCACGAGCAUCCAUUAAUCCUUUUUGAUGUGCGAAAGGACGAUGAUAUCAAGGAUGGGAUUAUCCUAUGUGAUGGUUGUGUUCUACCAGUAUCAUUUCCUUUUUACCAUUGUGGUCAAUGUGAUUAUUUUCUCCACUUAAAUUGUGUUAGGUUACGAAGAGAAUUGGAGUUCCCAAUUUACCAUGAACACCCACUGCAACUUUCUCAGCAUAGUAAAUUCUACGAGACCUACUGGUGCAAUGCUUGUCGUGUAUACAACAAUGGAUUCUUCUACACAUGUAAAGCAUGUGGAUUCUUCCUUGAUGUCAAAUGUGCUUUCCUACCUACUUCGAUUGCACAUCAAUCUCACAAGCAUCCAUUGGUUCAAAUAAAAGGUUCAGAACAUCUCUGCAAGGCAUGUAAUUAUACCUUCUCUACAAACGGAUAUGGAUGUGAAGUUUGCAAGUUCAAUCUUGCACAUAGUUGUGCCCUACUUCCCAAUACCAUUACGCAUAGAUGGGACAACCAUCCCCUCACACUAUCCUAUCCUCCAUUCAGUGAACAUCCUAAUGAGUUUCAUUGUGAAAUGUGUGAGGAAGAAAUAAACCCCAACUAUUGGAUCUAUCAUUGUAAUGAUUGCGAUCAAUCAUUUGAUCUAGAAUGCAUUAGAGAUAUAUAUUCAAAUAUCAAGUAUGAGGGCACCCUUAAAGUUAACCGUCAUCCGCACCCUCUAAAAUUUGUACAGAAAGCAAGGAAAAGGUCCUCGUAUUAUAGCUGUGGUGAUUCUUCUGAUAGUACUAGACCCAUAUUUGAAUGUGGAGGGUGCAAUUAUACAUUAUGCUUAAAUUGUAUUACUCCAAAUAUUUAGACUUAACUUUUGUUAGAAAUUCUAAUGUUUUAGUGGAUCAUGAAUAUGUAUUAUUAUUGUUAUGUUUUUUGCUCAUAUGGAUAUGUAUUAUUGGAUAAGCAAUGUUGUAGUCUAUUGACACCCCAUAAAAAGAGGAUAAUGCUUGAACAGAGAAGACCACCCUGAAUAAAGGCAAGAAUCGCACUUAUGUUAUAGAGAAAAUCACACUACGACCCCUCACUUGUGGCUCUAUCUCGUAUUAUCUUGCUAAUUAACUUUUUUGCAAAUUUUCUAAAAAGUUGUCUAAUGGCAAAUUUACAUUUUUUUUGUCUAAAACAUAUUCUAUUUUUGUAUUUGAGGGGAUGAUUCAAGGAGUCGAGGGGACAAUGUGAAAACAUCAAUAGUUAAAAAAAAAUGGUGAGAUAAAGACCAUAGUGGAAUAGUCGAAUAUAAUUUGUCC